AGCGAUAAGGUGUGAAAUAUGUAGCUAAUAAAGAAACAGUUAUGAAGAAACUGCAAAUUUUUAGUUUUAUAGUUUGUUUUAUUAACAAGUUUAUGAUAAGUUGCUUUUUUCCGAACAAUCAGAAUAAAUGGUAAUAUAAUACAAUUGUUAAAAUGUGUGUCAUACAAUACAUUAAAAUUUGGCAGAGGCAAACAACGUAUUGGCACCAGUCAAACAGUAAUGUUCAUUGCGUUAUCUUUAACAUUUGACACUGGACGAUCUUUUCCAGCAAGCAAAACAUUUGUUUACAUUAUCAUGCGAGAUUAAUGCCUUAUCAUGCAUUUGUCUGUGAAAUUUUCAGAACUGAAUCGAAACAACACAUUCGUUUUUUGUUGCAUAAAUCAUGCCAUGCAUUUGGUGCCCAUUAUAUAACAAAAUAAAUGCUGAUAAGGCGCAAUCAGUCGGCUGCACGUUUGCGAAAUAAAAUCUGCAAACGGAGGACUCGUCGCGUUCAGUUAAUUUGCGUGUGUGCCAGCAGUUGGUUGGUUGAAUCCAGUGUAGAACAUGGGGCUCGAGCGUAGUGUGUGGGGCUUUCUGCUAUUGCUUGCGAUCCUGCAUAAAGUGCAUAGCUCCGCAGAGUCAAUAAAACUAACCUGUGAACCGCCGACAUGUCGAUUCAGCGGGCUAUUUUUUGAAUCGCUAGGGCACACGGUCCUUCUGACCAUAACUUUCGACGCUGACUAUUACAGUGAUGUGUACUUCGAAAACUCGACCCUUCCUAUCAUACCAGUUACCCUGUUUGCGAAGAAUAGUGGUGUUCAAUUGCUAAACAUCACGGGAUGUGACCUGUACAAGAUAAUACCGAAAACGUUCCGGUACGCAGCAGACCUAAAAUAUCUCUACCUUGCCAACAAUCGACUCGAGAAGAUAUACGAUGGCAUGUUUUUGGGGGCAAAUAGUUUGGAGGAUCUCCGACUAGCGAACAACCAUAUCAAAACGAUCGAUCGACAGAUGUUUAUGGGUUUAAAAAGCCUGGAAAAGUUGGAUCUAUCGGGAAACUUGAUACAAUCGCUUCCACAAGGUAUCUUUGCUGAGCAGAGUAAUAUGAAAGUGUUAUCACUGGCGGACAAUUUUCUACAGCAGCUGGAGGAAUCAGUGUUCGCGAACAUGACAUCAUUAGAAGAAUUGGAUUUGGGUGGCAAUGUUUUACGAUUUCUGGAGGCCAACACAUUUCACAGAUUAUCAAGGUUGAACCACUUAAUUUUGCAAAACAAUCCUCUAGAGGUGAUCGAUUCUCAAGCGUUUGCUCAGUUACGAUGGUUAAGGCAACUUAAUUUGAGUAAGACCAACUUGAAGACAUUGCCUGCUGGUGUCUUCGGAACGCUAAGAAACUUAGAGUCUCUUCUGCUACACCAGAACUUUCUUUCUCAACUUGAUGAUACGUUGUUCGAAGGUAAUCCCAAUUUGGAGUACAUAAAUCUGGAUAAUAACACAAUCACCACGCUCCAACCAGCCUUACUUGCGAAUCUGAGUAAACUCGAGCAAUUCUCGUUCGAUCACAACCUGUUGCACGAGUUAGAUGUGCAACUGUUUGCGAACAACUCGGCAAUCAAGCGUAUAUGGUUAACGGGAAACUUUCUGAAGGAGAUACAACCCGGUACUUUUGAUGGCAUGGAACGCUUGGAAGAGUUGCAUCUGAAAACCAACUUGCUCACAUCCUUCGAGGGAGGUUUAUUGAAGGAUUGCAGUGAGUUGAAGGAACUCUAUUUGUAUGACAAUCAGAUCAAACACCUUAAGGCGGGUGCGCUAGAAGGAGCGGCAAAGCUACAGAUACUGAACAUGGACAUGAAUGAGAUAACAACCAUCGAUGAAAACUUCCUAGACGAUGCGCCACUGUUAGAAACUCUUUCAUUGGUAAAUAACUUCAUCAAGGAUAUUCCAGUGGGGCUUUUCAGCAAACAAACCAAUCUGACGUAUAUCGUGUUAUCAGAGAACCAGAUGAAGGAAGUAAAGCCGAAUACGUUUAGUAUGGUGGAUAGUUUAUUGGAACUGUAUCUUGAUAGCAAUCAAAUCGAUCGUAUCGAUGGAGGUGUCUUGAAUCUGACGAGUCUCGAGUACCUUGAUUUGUCGCACAAUGCUAUCAAAGAAUUGAAUGAAGACGCUUUGGAAGGAGUGCCCAAUCUUAUCACCCUAAAAUUGGAAUCGAAUCUCUUGGAGAACGUCCCCCCAGCUAUCAACAAAACCACCAGCCUAACAUACCUUGGUCUUCAGCGUAAUUAUAUAAAACAGCUGAAGGCUGGACAAUUUAGCCGAAUGACAAAUCUGCUCACAUUGGACCUGGACGGCAAUAUGAUACAAAGGAUGGAACAAGACUGCUUCCGUGGGUUGAUAUCUCUGACUACGCUGACAUAUGUAAAUAACAUGCCGGUUUAUGAAUCUAACGAUCUGUUCGCCCAUUUACCCAAUCUAACAGAACUGUUCGUGGACGAAACGAAUUAUUCGGGAACGAAUGGUGUCCGCUUCAAUUCAUUGAAGAAUCUGCAGUUGUUGUCACUUAGUACAAAUCCUAUGGCAGGAGUAGAUCCAACAUUCUUAGCUGGCUUGAAGAACCUGACUAAGCUAUAUUUGAGUAAUACCGGAAUCAGCUUUAAUGGUACCUAUUUCCAGUCACUUUCGAGCUUGGAAACUGUAGGCGUUGGAGGUAACAAGGACACAUCCAUUGAUGAGCAUUUCUUUGCGGGAGCACCAGGAUUAGUUUCCGUGGACAUUCAGGAUACGUUCCUAGAAUCGAUAAGUGUAAAUGCUUUCCGAAACCUGAGGAACCUGACCGAGCUGUAUAUUGGUCCAUAUCGAGGAGAUUUGAAGGACAUACUGGAAGGCAAUGUAGAGUUGAAGAUAUUGUAUCUGAAGGAAAUGAACUUUACCACGCUGCCGGAUCAUUUCUUCUGGAAUAACCGGAAGUUAACCACGCUCACGAUCGAUUCCAAUCUAUCUGUACUGAAACCAGUCUGGUUCAAGCAUCUACAAUAUCUAGAUUAUCUCGAUGUAUCAUACAACAACAUUUCCGAACUACCAACAGACCUGUUCGAGAGUACACCUGUCCUGCAUCAACUGUUACUGACGAGCAACCCGCUCAGAGUGCUUGAUGUAAAUGUGUUCCGGAAUGUGAUUGGUUUGACGCUGCUCAGCAUGGCUAACACCUCCAUCGCUGAACUUCCUGUUGGAAUAUUUGAUGGACUGUACAAGUUGGAAGAGUUAUACUUGAGCAACAAUUACCUUGCAAAUUUAAACAAUGGCACCUUCCGACAACUGUACUCCUUGCGCCUUCUGCAACUUUCCAACAACUCGAUUGAACAUAUCGAUCCAUUUCUGUUUGCAGACAUGCCGAGACUGAAGGAGAUCUAUCUGUCAGAUAACAAGUUGGUUGCUCUGGAUGUUCGUACAUUUGCUUCACAGCUAAUUUUACAGGAGUUGUCCCUAUCAAACAAUCGAUUUGUGUCCUUUGAUUUGUAUGAGAUGGGUAUUGAACGUACACUGAUCACCCUUGAUUUGGACACAAACGAGUUGAGAUCAUUGAAGAUCUCCCCAAAUCUGGAGUUUCUUACAGCGGACGAUAACCAGCUGUCUACGCUACAACUUGGACCCGACUCGGACUACUAUCGCAUAACAACAGUUUCGGUGCAAAACAACAGCUUCACCUCACUGGAAUCCAUGUACCGUUUCAAUCGGUUGCUUGAGCUCAAUGUGACACUGAACAGAAUUGCUGAAGUGGAUUUGUCGAUAAUCGCAGAAAAGUUCCAACGCUUGACUGUGUUCAAUGCAUCGGUGGCAGGCAUCGAGUCGUUGGGAAGAGCGGUGAAUAUUUACGAACACAAGGCAUUGCAACAUUUAGAUCUGUCGAACAACACACUUACGCAAGUUGAGUUUAGCAAGAUGGGACAGUUUCCGAUGCUGAAGAGCUUUGCUUUGGGUGGAAAUCCUGUGAAGGAGACAAAGAUGUUGCAGUUGUUUGACAAGUUCCCGAAACUUCGUUUGAUCGAUUUGGAUGGUUUGGGUUUGAAGUCGUUCUAUGAACAAAAGGUUAACGUUUCCAGAUCAAACAUGAGUGGAUUUGAAAAUGUGUGGGGCUUUCUGCUAUUGCUUGCGAUGCUGCACAAAGUGUACAGCACCGUACAACCAAUAAAACUAACCUGUGAACCGUCGACAUGUCGAUACAACGGAUUAUUAUUCGCGUCACAGGAGCAUACGAACGCUCUGACCAUAACUUUCGACACUGAAUAUUUCAGUGAUGUGUACUUCGAAAACUCGACCCUUCCUAUCAUACCAUUGACCCUGUUUGCGAAGGAUAGCGGUGUUCGAACGCUCAACAUCUCGGGAUGUGACCUGUACGAGGUUCUACCGAAAACGUUCCGAGACGCAACGGACCUUAAGUAUCUCUACCUCGACAACAAUCGACUCGAGAAUAUAUACGGUGGCAUGUUUUUCGGGGCAAAGCGUUUGGAAGAUCUCCGACUAGCGAACAACCAUAUCAAAACGAUCGAUCGGCAAAUGUUUUUGGGAAUAAAUAGUCUGUUGGAGUUGGAUCUUUCCGGUAACAUGCUACGAUCGCUCCCACAAGGUAUCUUUGCUGAUGUUGGUCGCAUGAAGAAGUUAUCACUGGCGGACAAUUUUCUACAGCAGCUGGAUAAAUUCACGUUCUCUGGCAUGACAUCAUUAGAAGAAUUGGAUUUGAGCAGUAAUUUUUUGCAGAUUUUGGAGGCCGAUGCAUUCGACGGAUUGUUGGGUUUGAAUCGAUUAUAUCUGCAAAACAAUCGUCUAGAGAUGAUCGAUUCUCAAGCGUUUGCUCAAUUUGUACUUUACCUAAAGCAGCUGAAUUUGAGUAAAAACAACUUGAAGUCCCUACCCGACGGUGUCUUCAGGCCUAUGCUCGACUUGGAGAUUCUGGAACUUCAGCAGAACUUUCUUUCUCAACUCGAUGAUACGUUGUUCGGGGGCAAUCCCAAUUUGGAGUACAUAAAUCUGGAUAAUAACACAAUCACCGCGUUGCAGCCAGCCUUACUUGCGAAUCUCAGUUAUCUGGAGCGGUUCUCGUUCGAGCACAACCUGUUGCGCGAGUUAGAUGUGCAACUGUUUGCGAACAACUCGGCAAUCAAGCGUAUAUGGUUAACGGGAAACUUUCUGAAGGAGAUACAACCCGGUACUUUUGAUGGCAUGGAACGCUUGGAAGAGUUGCAUCUGAAAACCAACUUGCUCACAUCCUUCGAGGGAGGUUUAUUGAAGGAUUGCAGUGAGUUGAAGGAACUCUAUUUGUAUGACAAUCAGAUCAAACACCUUAAGGCGGGUGCGCUAGAAGGAGCGGCAAAGCUACAGAUACUGAACAUGGACAUGAAUGAGAUAACAACCAUCGAUGAAAAUUUCCUAGACGAUGCGCCACUGUUAGAAACUCUUUCAUUGGUAAAUAACUUCAUCAAGGAUAUUCCAGUGGGGCUUUUCAGCAAACAAACCAAUCUGACGUAUAUCGUGUUAUCAGAGAACCAGAUGAAGGAAGUAAAGCCGAAUACCUUUAGUAUGGUGGAUAGUUUAUUGGAACUGUAUCUUGAUAGCAAUCAAAUCGAUCGUAUCGAUGGAGGUGUCUUGAAUCUGACGAGUCUCGAGUACCUUGAUUUGUCGCACAAUGCUAUCAAAGAAUUGAAUGAAGACGCUUUGGAAGGAGUGCCCAAUCUUAUCACCCUAAAAUUGGAAUCGAAUCUCUUGGAGGACGUCCCGCCAGCUAUCAACAAAACCACCAGCCUAACAUACCUUGGUCUUCAGCGUAAUUAUAUAAAACAGCUGAAGGCUGGACAAUUUAGCCGAAUGACAAAUCUGCUCACAUUGGACCUGGACGGCAAUAUGAUACAAAGGAUGGAACAAGACUGCUUCCGUGGGUUGAUAUCUCUGAACAAACUGGCAUAUGUAAAUAACAUGCCGGUUUAUGAAUCUAACGAUCUGUUCGCCCAUUUACCCAAUCUAACAGAACUGUUCGUGUACGAAACGAAUUAUUCGGGAACGAAUGGUGUCCGCUUCAAUUCAUUGAAGAAUCUGCAGUUGUUGUCACUUAGUACAAAUCCUAUGGCAGGAGUAGAUCCAACAUUCUUAGCUGGCUUGAAGAACCUGACUAAGCUAUAUUUGAGUAAUACCGGAAUCAGCUUUAAUGGUACCUAUUUCCAGUCACUUUCGAGCUUGGAAACUGUAAGCAUUACGGGUAAUAAGAACACAUCCAUUGAUGAGCAUUUCUUUGCGGGAGCACCAGGAUUAGUUUCCGUGGACAUUCAGGAUACGUUCCUAGAAUCGAUAAGUGUAAAUGCUUUCCGAAGCCUGAGGAACCUGACCGAGCUGUACAUUGGUCCAUAUCGAGGAGAUUUGAAGGACAUACUGGAAGGCAAUGUAGAGUUGAAGAUAUUGUAUCUGAAGGAAAUGAACUUUACCACGCUGCCGGAUCAUUUCUUCUGGAAUAACCGGAAGUUAACCACGCUCACGAUCGAUAACAAUCUAUCUGUACUGAAACCAGUCUGGUUCAAGCAUCUACCAUAUCUAGAUUAUCUCGAUGUAUCAUACAACAACAUUUCCGAACUACCAACAGACCUGUUCGAGAGUACACCUGUCCUGCAUCAACUGUUCCUGAUGAGCAACCCGCUCAAAGUGCUUGAUGUAAAUGUGUUCCAGAAUGUGAUUGGUUUGACGCUGCUCGACCUGGAAAACACUUCGCUCGCUGAACUUCCUGUUGGAAUAUUUGAUGGACUGUACAAGUUGGAAGAGUUAUACUUGAGCAACAAUUACCUUGCAAAUUUAAGCAAUGGCACCUUCCGACAACUCUACUCCUUGCGCCUUCUGGAACUUUCCAACAACUCGAUUGAACAUAUCGAUCCAUUUCUGUUUGCAGACAUGCCGAGACUGAAGGAGAUCCGUCUGGCAUACAACAAGUUGGUUGCUCUGGAUGUUCGUACAUUUGCUUCACAGCUAAUUUUACAGGAGUUGUCCUUGUUAAACAAUCGAUUUGUGUCCUUUGAUUUGUAUGAGAUGGGUAUUGAACGUACACUGAUCACCCUUAAUUUGGAUACGAACGAGUUGAGUUCAUUGAAGAUCUCCCCAAAUCUGGAGUUUCUUACAGCGGACGAUAACCAGCUGUCUACGCUACAACUUGGACCCGACUCGGACUACUAUCGCAUGACAACAGUUUCGGUGCAAAACAACAGCUUCACCUCACUGGAAUCCAUGUACCGUUUCAAUCGGUUGCUUGAGCUCAAUGUGACACUGAACAGAAUUGCUGAAGUGGAUUUGUCGAUAAUCGCAGAAAAGUUCCAACGUUUGACUGUGUUCAAUGCAUCGGUGGCAGGCAUCGAGUCGUUGGGACGAGCGGUGAAUACUUACGAACACAAGGCAUUGCAACAUUUAGAUCUGUCGAACAACACACUUACGCAGGUUGAGUUUAACAAGAUGGGACAGUUUCCGAUGCUGAAGAGCUUUGCUUUGGGUGGAAAUCCUGUGAAGGAGACAAAGAUGUUGCAGUUGUUUGACAAGUUCCCGAAACUUCGUUUGAUCGAUUUGGAUGGUUUGGGUUUGAAGUCGUUCUAUGAACAAAAGGUUAACGUUUCCAGAUCAAACAUGAGUGGAUUUGGAAAUUGAACUGAAAUCGAGGAACGGUGGACAUCAUCAAGCUUAAUGAAAUGGAUAUGUAAAAUGGACGAAAUGCAAAUAUAAUUCUUUUUUGUUCUCUAGAAAUGAUAUGCUGUUUUGCACGAUGUAUCAAGUGUGCUGGUGGAGAAUAUUUUAAAAUAAUAGUUAUGGACAUUGUUUUACUGAAAGUAAGCUUUUGUGGUUAUAUCUUUUGUUCAAAUAUGUCGCGUAAUAGUCGGUAGUUAUUUUGAAAUAUUUUCACAAGUUCCUCUGCUACACAUUAACAUGAUGCCAAAAUUUCUCAUCAUAUUUUUCAUUGGCGAUCGUUCCGCUACUGAAGCGGAAGCACCGAAUAUUUCAUCCCCCCUGGCCUAGCCGCUGGUGGUUAAUUAUUGACAGGUCAUUACUAUUGCCGCUUGAUCGGUCUCGUUCGGUGAAGAAUCUGUGUUGUAUCACGGUUCCCGUAGCGCGUUUGUAAAUGCGGGAAGAAUGUUGGGGCUAAAAAUACCUUCUUUAAAGAAGGAAGAAAGCGUCCCAAGAAAACGAACUCACCAAUGGAACCACCCUUGCUGAUCGCCAAUGUUGUGACUCCCCUGUGGUAAGGUUGCGAGCGCUCCGCCAUUCGUGUGGUCCAUCGUUUUAUGAAUGGAGUGCGGUGCCAUUUCAGUUCCAGUAGCCAGCAGGUGAAGAGGAAUAUGUGAACUACCUCCCCUUCUGUCUUUCUUCAUUCCCGUAGGAAAUAAAAAUCCGAACCGAACUGAUGAAACAAUUGAUUUUACGGUACGAUGCUGCGCAUGAAUUUUUGGCUCGUAGAAACAUGGUACCUUCCCUGGAGCUUAAGGUAAGAUUCAUGCCGAUGUCUAGGCCGUGUGUAAUGUUGUUGGAUGCCUGGCAGGUGUCCCGGAUGCAAUGGCCAGACCAUGCUGGAAGAGAUUGGAUAUUCAUGGUUAACAUCACCGAAAAUAGGCAUCGAGCUUGAGGUAAUGGGGCGACACGAGAAAGA